AUGUCGCUUUUGAGCAAGGGAAGCCCACGUCCAGCUAAAUCUUCCAAGCCGCGCUUGUACACGGCAAGAUUUGAUCCCUACAGUGCUGGAAUACGUUUCCUUCUGAACAAAAAAGGGGUCGAUUACGACUUUGUCUACAUCAAUAUGCAAGACAAACCAGAAUGGCUGGCAGAUAUUAAUCCUGCAGGUCAGAUUCCUAUAAUGGAAAUUGGUGAUGAAAUUGUCUGCGAAACGAUUGUGAUUUAUGAUUACUUAGAGGAUAAGUUUCCUCAGGUCAAAACUCAGCCAACAGAUCCUUACUUAAAAGCCAAAGAUAAAAUUUUUAUAGAUCAUACUAAAGAAUAUUUAACCGGCAAGAUAACUUCGAUGGUUAAAAAUCCAACACAAGAAAAUAUUGAGUAUGUCUGCAGUGUCUUGAAAUCGAUCAAUAAGAUCAUGGGCGAACGAGGAACUGAUUUCCUCGGUGGUACCAGCCCAAAUUUCGUUGAUUACUAUCUAUGGGGAUGGGUAGAAUUACUUUCUGCCUUGAAAGCCGCUCAUGAAUUAUCAUUCGAAUUGGAUAAAGACGAGUAUAAGCAUUAUUGGGCAUGGGUAAUGAAAAUGGACAAGGACCAACACAUCAAUAAUGAUCGUGAGACUCAUAAGCUGAAUCUAAAGUGUCGGACAGCAUUCUUUAAAUCUGUAAUUAACGGAUCACCCGAUGUAAAUGCUGGAUUAUAG